AUGAAUAGCGUAGCCACUUUCUUUAGUAAUCCUACUCUCGUAGUCGAUUUUCAAAAACUAUGUGGCGUUCAGGUUUUAUCUAACUCGUCUAACGAUUCGAUUGGUAAUUGCACCUCGGACGAGUCUUCAAGCAACUAUCCCAAAAAGCGGCGCCACGGUAAUAAUCCUGCGAAAAAGCUGAAAAGUAGGCAAGAUGAUCCAUCCGUCAUAAAUUAUCUGAUUACCAAUAGAUUCCUUCACGCGCUAUUCCACGCUGGAGCGUUUUUAUGUAAUGAAGGUUUCUACGUCAUUGUUUUCCCUUUCCUGUUAUUUAAUAUCGAUCAGUGUGCAUUUCGACAAGGUUGCUAUUAUUGGUGCCUUGUUAUGUACAUUGGACAGGCUGCCAAAGACAUCAUCAAACAACCUAGACCUCCAUCUCCUCCAGUUGCCAGAUUAGAAUCUCGCUAUGACACUGAAUAUGGUAUGCCUUCCACCCAUGCUAUGAUGGGAACAGCGAUGCCGUUUGCAUUAUUCUAUAGCACUUACCUGCGUUACGAGUAUCCGAAAUGGUUAGGUAUUACGAUUGCCUGUUCUUGGACGAUUCUUGUUUGCUUAUCAAGAUUAUACCUAGGGAUGCAUGACUUGUGGCAAGUUAUUGUUGGUGUCCUGAUGACAUUGCCGAUUGUAAUAACUGGAUCUUUAUUAAUGAAUGAUUUGGAUGUGUGGAUAUUAUCAUCUCCGUACUCGCCUGUAGUUAUAUUAAUAGUAUCUAUAAUCUUAGUAUUAUUAUAUCCAGCUCCAAAAGAUCGUUGGACAAGCACUCGUGGCGAUACUACAAUGAUUUUAUCCGGUUCUGUUGGAGCUUGUAUAGGUUUGUGGCUGCAGUGUCGCACAUUGGGGAGACUACCAGAGGAAGGCUUUCAAUUUCCACGUCCUAUUAGCAUACCAACACUUGACUCCAUAGCUAUGGCCAUUUUAAGAUGGACGUUUGUUAUUAUUAUUAUUGUACCUUUACGAGCUGUUAUGAAAAGUAUCAUAUUCACAAUUCUUCCAUUGAUCUUACCCAAAUCUGAAGUAGAACCGAGCAAGAGAGCUGCAGUUGAACUACCUUACAGAUUUAUUAAUUAUGGCAUCAUUGGUUUUACCGUAACCUAUAUCUCACCGCUUCUGAUGAGAUACUUAGGAAUAUACGGAGACGGUCCUUAUGGACAGAUUCAGUAG